AUGUCGGACUCAGAGGACCACAUCGAAGCUGCUGACGAUGGAGGUGACGAUCUUUUUGGAGAUGGCGACGAAGAUGCCGGCGACGUGCUGUCCGAAAUUGAGAAUGCACUAAGCGAUCGCGACCUCGACUCGGAUAGCGAUGAUGACGCCACGCAUGGCCGACACAAUAGAGGCGACGAUGAUGAUGAGCCUACUGAGUUCCGCGAGAAGCUUGUGUCAGGAGUGCCCAUGUAUCGUCACCGCAUUCCAAAGUCGCGAGACGGCAGUCUGCACUCGCUCCGCGUGCCCGACUUUAUCAAGCUGCUCCCGACCGAAUACAAGCCCGACUCGUGGGAGCCGAGCAAGUGGGAGCUUGAGAACGCGAAAUCUGAGAACCCCAUCCCUGCAGUCAUGGUCCGGCGCAACCCGAAGACGGGCCAGUUUCAAAGCAAUGCGAACAUCCACCAUUGGAGCGAUGGCUCGAUCACGCUCUCCAUUGGCGACGAGCACUUUGAGAUACAGUCCAAGUCGUUGGCACCACCUCGCGACAAGCCCUACCAGGAAGUGGAGGACGCACAUUAUUAUGCAGCUGCCGCACAUCUUACAACCAACUCGCUACUCAUUAUCGGCCACUUCACCGAGCAGUAUAACCUUGCGCCGAAUAAGGAGCUACAGGAUCAUGCGCUAGAGCGACUUAAAGAGCAGAUGGCCAGCCAGCAGAAAGUUCGCGGGUCAGACAUGAUUGUCAUCACUAAGGAAGAUCCCGAGCUGCAGAAGAAACAGGCCGAGCUUGCUGAGAAGGAGCGUCUCAAGCUCCAGCGUCGCCGCGAGACUGCGGCUGCGCGUGCUGAUGGCGCCGGCGGACGGUACAAGGGUGGGGCGCUCUCGAUCGGCGAUUUGGAGGGAGGACGACGCGCAGGUGGGACGGUGGCCGGCCGGAAGCGAGGUGCGGCCGGUGGUGCCAAGAAGAAGCACCGCCGUCCUGAGUAUGACUCGGACGACGAUCUUCCAAGUGGUGCACGUAGGCCGGAUAGCUAUGAUAUGGAGGACGGCUUCCUCGUCGACAGCGACGAUGAGAGCGAGGGUGUCGAAGACGACGAGGAUGAAGAGGAGCUCCUCGACGAUGAGGACGAGGACGAUAAGCCUCGGACUAAACGGCAGAAGACGGCAGAGGCCGACGAGGACGCCGAUGCCGACGCAGACUUGGAGGACGGCGAUGCGCCGGCCCAUGCGGAGAGCUCGACUCGCCGUAGACGGCACAUCAUUGUCGACGACGAUGAGGAGUAG